AAACAACAAUCCUAAAAGUGGCUACUGGUGCACUUAACCCAAAUUCAACUCACGCUCAGUCUUUGGCCAAGUCAGACGCCACUGUCCCUUGGCUGCAAAACUUUGCUCCUCUCCGCCGCCGAAUUGAGUUGGAAUAAAAAGUUUCAACUGAUGGGUGUAAUUGAAUUAUGCAACACUUCAUCUAUUUGCAUUGGUAGAGCAAAACCCAGUUGUUGUUCAAUUGAAAGAAAUCAGAGGAGGAGAAUCAUUUGCAUGGCCUCCUCAGUGCCGGUGCAAGAAGAGAGUCAACAGAAACAACGUGUGACCGGGGAUGCUUUUAUCCGGCCCCAUCUUCUUAAAUUGUCACCUUAUCAUGCCUAGGAACCCAGACUUUAGCCUGGAUGUAGAACGGAUUGCCGAAGUGGUUGAACAUGAGAAACCAAAGUGCAUAUUUCUGACAUCGCCUAAUAAUCCUGAUGGGAGUAUUGUUGAUGAUGAAACACUGUUGAAAAUACUUGAUCUGCCCAUAUUGGUAAUACUGGAUGAAGCAUAUGUUGAGUUUUCUGGAAUGGAGUCUAAGAUGAAGUGGGUGAAGAAGCAUGAGAAUCUAAUUGUUCUUCGCACAUUCAGCAAAAGAGCUGGCUUAGCUGGACUCAGAGUAGGGUAUGGAGCUUUUCCAAAGAGUAUUAUUGAAUUCCUUUGGAGAGCAAAGCAACCAUAUAAUGUGUCUGUUGCUGCUGAAGUUGCUGCAUGUGCUGCACUAAAGAAUCCCACUUAUCUGGAGAAUGUGAAAGUGGCACUGGUGCAAGAGAGGGAGAGGCUCUUCAAUCUCUUGAAAGAAGUCCCAUUUCUUGAUCCAUACCCUAGCUAUUCUAAUUUCAUUCUCUGUAAGGUUACGUCUGGAAUGGAUGCUAAGAAAUUGAAGGAAGACCUUGCGACUAUGGGAGUGAUGAUCCGUCACUACAAUAGCAAAGAACUGAAAGGAUACGUUCGCGUUUCUGUAGGCAAGCCUGAACACACUGAGGCAUUAAUGAAAUGCCUCAAGCACUUCUAUUGAUCUUGCGACGAAAUCUGAAGUGUCUUAUGUCCUCUCAAGAUGAAGAUAAAUUGGGAGUUACUGUUUGCUAUUUAUGCUAACUGCAAACAAGUCAUUCUUCUGAAUUCAAUUCUUCAUAUGUUGGAGGAGUUAUAGAGUGAUCUUUACUCUCAAGUGUACAUUAUGUUGGAAAUUGCCAGGCGCACUGAUAAGUGGCAUUUGUAUUCCCUUUUGCCCCCUGUUUGCAAAAGAUUUGAAUUAAACUUGUUUUUUAUACGAACAACAACAAAAAACCCAGUGUAAUCCCGUAGGUGGAGUCUGGGGAGGGUAAUCACAGACCUUACCCUAUGUUGUGAAGGUAGAGAUACUCAAAGAAAAAUGAAAAAGAAGCAAGCAAUAAGCAGUAAACUUGUCAACUUUAGCAAUUACUAUCAAGAGAAGUGACUUUUUCUUGUUUC